AUGGUGAGAAUUCCAGUGGAUCAAGAUCUGAGAAUUCCAAUGAAUCCAAGAGCAGUACUGGAUGUUUACAGCUUUAAAAACUUCACUGCUUUCAGAGCUAUUCAUAGGAAGCGAGGAAGCAAAGAGUCUUUGGAGCUCCAUAACUCCUCCUGGGGCAUUUUGGCACCAGGUCAAGUGCCUCUCAUUCUACCUGUGGUAUUGGCAGGAGCUGGCUGCACUGCUUUAGUUGUGGCUGUAGUUGCUAGGAAGCUGGAACUUACCAAAGCAGAAAAACAUGUUCAUAAUUUUAUGAUGGACACACAACUGUCUAAGCGAGUAAAAAAUGCAGCUGCCAAUGUUCUCAGGGAAACAUGGUUAAUAUAUAAAAACACAAAAUUAGUUAAAAAGAUAGACCACGCAAAAGUGAGGAAACAUCAACGCAAAUUCUUACAAGCCAUCCAUCAGUUACGAAGUGUAAAAAUGGAACAAAGAAAAUUAAAUGAUCAGGCAAAUACUUUGGUGGACCUUGCUAAGACGCAAAACAUUAUGUACGACAUGAUCUCAGACCUAAACGAAAGGAGCGAAGACCUUGAGAAAAGGAUUGUAACAUUGGAAAAUAAGUUAGAGACAUUAAUAGGGAGUAUCCAAACUCUGCCUGGACUGAUUAGCCAGUCAAUCAACCAACAGCAGAAGGAAUUGUUUGAAACUCAGAUGCAACAGUAUGUCAAACAAACUGCCUGCAGUGCUGAGCGGUCACGCUCAUCAACCAGAAGGAGAAGGUCCUCAUCGACAGCCCCGCCAACUUCAUCAGAAAGUAGCUAGAAGUGAACAUUUAACCACAAGAACAAACUUUUUUUUUGCCAUCAUAUGGUUGAUAUUUUAGCUUUUAUUGUAAAGCCCUAACAAUACUAAACAGUGUCAUCCGGGUUCUGAUAUCAGAAUCCAGGGAACCUGACAAAAAUAUUUUAGGCCAAAAGGAGUGAAUUCUCUCCUUCAGUUGCACAGUGAAUGCACCGAUCCUGCUAUCUAGAUUGUUUCUUCUGUACAAUUUACUUGACUUUUU